AUGUCGACCACCGCUGCUCCCCCUGCGGCCGUCCCCGCCGGCGACGCACACGCCAACGCGCCCGCAGAGGAUGCGGUCAGCCCGCAGGUGCAGGAGCUGCGCGCGAUGUUCCCCGAUUUCGACGUUGCCGUCCUCCAGUCCGUGUUGGAGUCAGUUAACAAUGACCAGGAGCGCGCGUUGGACGUUUUGCUCGGCAUGAGCGACCCCGACUAUGUUUCCACUUCCACACAAGCUCCUCAGCACGAGCCAACGUCUACCGACCUCGACGAGGCGCUCGCGCGCCAGCUUAUGCUCGAGGACCAAGAACGGCACCAGGCGCGAAGACAUGCUACCGGUGCGUCUUGGCCGCGACGCGACGAUGAAGGCCAGGUCCCCUAUCAGACGCGGCAGCAUGGCCAGGCCCGUCCCGUCCCGCCAGAGGAGUCGCGCACAGACUUCCAAGAGUUGCAGCGGACGAUGGGCCAGAUAGCGGAGAGUGGCAAGCGCACGUUCAGCUCCAUCGUGUCCAAGGUGAAGCAGAAGAUCAACGAUUACGACCAGUCCCGGUGCGUUUCCUCCCCUCUCUCUGGCGCGGGUGCAUCCACGGCCCCACAAUGGGGCGGCUCGGGCGCGCAGCCCGCGCAGGUCGACCGACACACCGCCUCGCAGGCUUACCAACAGCGCUACUUCGGCCCCUCCGCCGGCGCGGAGUCCAGCCCUGGCGCGGCGCAGCCCACGGCCGCACCCGCGCAGGGUUACACCGUGGAUGGGCCCAUGUCGACGCCACCGACGGAGUCUCUCCCCAUAGCCACCGCACCACGCGACCCUAGCCCGGUUCCGUCUGGCUUGACCCCGAAUGCGUCGCCGCGCCCGUCUUCGGACGUGCCCCGCCCGCCCGCGACGAUGGGCGGUAGUCCUGUGAACGCUGCCAAGAUCGGCCUGCUGCCGAAGCGACCCGUGUCGCUGCUCAACACAAACUCACCCCCAGCGACGAAGCCGAGCGACGACGAUGACGACUUGGAGUACGUCGAGAAUCCGUUCGAGGAGCGCAAGUGA